UUAAAAAUUACAGAUACAUUCCUAAAUUCAGCACACACACACACCACACUCCUUGGUAGAAAAAACAUCUACCAAGCCAUCCAAGUUUGCAGAUUCAACCUGAAGUGAACAACACAAUCAGACUUCACAGAGCCUUAGUCUGCCAUGUUAUUAUGAUACACCAAGACUAACCAGAGAAAUGAGCUGGUUUCAUCUCCAACCUCUGGACAGGGCUGAGGCCAAUCAUGGGAAGGCUGGGGGUGUGCCCACCAUUCAGGUGCAGGAUCUUAGAAUACCACUUUCCCAGCAUUGCAGAAAUCUUAAAAUCCUGUUUCUAGCUUCCUGUACCUGCUUCUGUUUGUGUGUGGAGGUUAUGCAUAGGAUUACCUCGGGUCAUUCCUCUGGCGCUGACAAUUCUUACAUUAAGACAGUCUCACUAGCCUGAGAGUUACCAAUUAGGCUAGCUGGUCAUUGUACUUUAGGGAUCCACCUAUCUUUACCCCAGAUACUAAGAUUAUAAACGACCACCAGCCAGUCUUUUGUUUUUACAUUGUUUCUGGGGACUUGCGCUGACACAAUUUAUUGAGUUACCUCGCCAGUCUCACUUCCAGGUUGUUUUGUUUUGUUUUUUUUGAGAUAGUCGCAAACCAUAACCAAAGCUGGCCUGAGUUUCACUGUGAAGUCCCAAAUUGCUGGGAUUACAGGGUGAGCCACCCUUGCCUGGCAUGCUUUUCAAAUGUGUUUAUUGAUGUGUCAUUUAAGUAUAACAAAGCUCUUCAUUAAAAUUUUUAUUUUUACUUUCCAAGUACAACAUGUGUGUUCCUAGUACCCAUGGAGGCCGGAAAAGCAUAGGGUCCUCUUCAGCUGGAGUUGCAAGCAGUUGUGAGCCCCUAUUACAUGCUCGAAGUCUUCACCUCAGUGUUCCAUGCCCAUUUUUAAGCAUGUCUUUCAAAAUUAAGGACUUUUUGUUCUGUUUCUUGCUGACUGAUGAUAUCAUUAUCCCGCCUCCAGUUUUUAAUUUCCAGGUAAACUUUUUUCGCAGGUCCUAUCUGAGGAUAUCAGAAGUAAAACCUGCAAUCUCUGAGAUUGCAAGCCCAGGACUCAACGCAGCCGUCAGUUAGGCAGUGGGGUCCGCCCCUUAGCCAAUCGGCAGGCCCUAUCUGGCUCGGGGUGGGGCCGUGCUGGAGGGACGAGCGGCGCGCGUGCGCAGAGAGCGCGCCCUUUGAGCCACCGUCUCUCGCGCUGUCACGUGGGAGCCCAGUAGUCAUGGCGGCUGUCCGGAAGCCGGUGUUGCUGGGACUUCGAGACGCGGCGGUCCAGGGCUGCCCCAAGGGGCCCGCCGCCUGGACCGCUAGCAAGCUGGGCGGCGUCCCGGACGCCCUACCUGCAGUUACCGCUCCGGGGCCGCGGUGUGGCGGCUGCGCGGAGCGGCUCGUGCUCGUCGUGCAGGUAUACUGCCCGCUGGAAGGCUCCCCGUUCCACCGGCUCCUGCACGUGUUCGCCUGCGCCCGCCCCUCCUGCGGCGGCAGCGGGACGCGCAGCUGGAAGGUGUUCCGCUCCCAGUGCCUGCAAGUGCCAGAGAAAGAGACUCUGAACGCCCAGAAACAGGGUAACGGCCUUGCAGCUGAGAACUGGUGUGAAGGCUCACAGGACUGGGGCAGUGACAGUGAGGAGACAUCUCCACCGCCACCCACCUCAGAUUUGGGGAAUGAUUCUAAUGGUGUCAGAGCUGUAGACUGGACUGCGCAGCUCCAGGCUCUCUGCCUGCAGGAUGGUGCCCCAGCUGUUGCUCACCCUGUCCCUUCAGGGGAAGGGCUGGCGGUCCAUGCUGAAGUGCCACAGUUCCAGCCCUACUACAUCUGUGUCGCCGAGGAGGAGGAUUACGGGAACUCCCUGGGUCUUGAGCAUGCCCACAGCCUUCUGCAGGACUACCAGCAGAGAGAAGGUGUUGACAUGGAGCACCUGCUUUCCCUUUGUUCUUACAGUGAUGGGGAUGAGAAAUAUGAGAAGGCCAGUAUUAAAAGUGGAGACCAAACGUUUUACAAGUUCAUCAAGAGAAUCGCAGCCUGUCAGGAGCAGAUUUUGAGGUACUCGUGGAGUGGAGAGCCGCUCUUUCUGGUCUGUCCCACCUCGGAAGUCUCUAAGGUCCCAGCCUGCAGUGGCUGUGGAGGUCAGAGGACGUUUGAGUUUCAACUUAUGCCAGCACUGGUCAGCAUGCUCAGCAGUGCUAACCUAGGUCUUGCUGUGGAAUUUGGAACCGUUCUCGUCUACACAUGUGAGCAGAGCUGCUGGCCUCCAAAUCAGCAGACUCCCAUGGAAGAAUUCUGUGUUAUACAAGAAGACCCAGAUGAACUUUUAUUUAAGUAGAACACUUGCUCUUAUUUAUACAAAUUAAAACAAAUUUUCAUAUUCAAGUA